AUGCAACAAUUAGUUCGAAAGUACAUAUUAAAGAAACUUAAGUCAUUUGUUCCUGAUCUAAAUGAGCAUCAGAUAUCGGUAGCACUAACUUAAGGGUAUUUGCAAUUGGAUAAUAUGGAUAUGGCACCAUUGCAGAUAGAUAAUUUUAUAAUCUCGGCUACUGUUUCUUGCUUUAUAAUGAAGUUAUAAUGGAGUUCGCUCCAUUUGAAGGCAGAGAUUCAGAAUAUCAGAGUGAUGGUGUAGAAGGCAUAGGGUUCGAAGAGAUAGGAGAAAAGUGAUCAGAGUAGAAAAAGCAAUGUUUCGAUUCCAAUUAGUAUUGGGUUGGAAAUAAAUGAUGUGGAGAUUAAUUUUGUGAAUGUCUUGAUAGUUAAAAUGAUGCAAUUAAAAUGCGAGAUAAAGAAUAGGCAGAAUUUAAUAAGUGGGGAGUUGGGCGAGUUAAAUUUGAAAUUCAAUUACAAAGAGUAGAGUUUUGCUUGGUUGUGCAUAGAAAAGGUGAGAUGGGAUGUGAAUUUAGAGAAGGAAGCAGUGUAGACAUCUUUGGAGUGUGUAUUCAUAAAGGAUACAACGAAUCAGAAGAUGUAAAAAUUGGUUAAGUUUUGCAAGAUAGGUCUGAAUAUAUCUAAAAAUGUAUACAAUAAACCAUUGGUAAGGAUAUCAGUAGACAAGGGAGUUUGUCAUUGGAAUGCAAAGGUGAUACACUCAUUCAUCUACGGUGGGAUUGAUUUUGCAUUGUAAUUUAUCAAAAUGCCUGAGAAACAACAGAUAAGGUAGACAGACAUGGAGAAUCCAGACUCUUUGGCCAUAUCAAUAGAGGUGAAGAGCAUUAAAUUGUAUUGUCAGAACAAUUAUACUCCUUUGGGUAUGUUGUAGGGAUUCGACAUAGCAGUGUUUAUAAAAGUAAGCAAAUACAUUGGGGACGUAAUAAUUGAGGGGAGAGACUUGUGUUAUUGUGAACAAUCCAAUUAUCCCCAUUAGAUGGUUGUAAAGAAGGGAUUUCCGAUGAUAAGGAGCGAGGAGUUGGCGAUAUUGAUAAAGAUCUAUGAUGAUUAUUGUCCAUUACAGAUGAUUAAUAAUGAUCUCUACAAUUUUGUGGAGAUUAAAUUAAAGAAGGGAUAGAUUCAUUAUAUGCAAUAGCCAUUUCUAAGAUUCAUGGAUUGGUUGAUUGAACAAUUCAUAUCUUUGAUUAUCAAGGACUACGGAGUAACUUCGAUUCCUUUGGAGGUGAUUGAGUAGAAACUGAGAGAUCAUAGAUUCACAUCGAUUAAAUUGAGCAUAGAGGAUAUUUGUGCAUUUUGUAAGCCCAUUAGUACUAGUGAGGAAGGAUUGAAAUUGGUUUGCUCUUCCUUUGCUCUUCAUACUGAUAUAAGGGAAUGCAACGAGAGAAGCACUUAGAUGAUAUGGGAGACUCUGUUGUGUAUGGAAGUAAGGGAAAUUCUGAUAAGUGUGAUUGGUGAUGGAGGAGAGACAGUGAUUUCUUAGAUGAUGAAUUGUGAAUUGAUCGUCAGCAAAUGUGGGUUCUCUUAGUUGUAUAUUCUUAAAUAGAUUCCAUUAGAUCGCACUUUCAAGAUUAACAUGUAACUUUCUGCUCCUAAACUUUAUGUUUCCAAGAAAACGUAUUUACUAAUAAUGCGAUUACUCUUUAAUAAUAUACUUUAUGAUGAUACUCUGGAUUAGAUGUAUCUUUAUCAAAUUAACAAACCUAGUAAUUAAUUAAAUUAAUGAAAGCCCCUAUUCUCCUAGAACUCAGGAUGGAUCAAGUCAAUCUCAAAUGUGAAGAUGACUUGGCACUCAUAGGCAGUCAACUCCUUAUACGCUUUCAUCGUUAGAUCGAUCAAUCCCAAAUAUCCCUCAACCUUUUGGAUUUUGUGGCCUAUCACAAAUAACACUUAAUACUGUCCAAACUGGAUGUCGAUGAUCAGUACUUUGCAGAAUACAAACAAACCAACAAGUAGACUGGAUAGAAGGAUAUCCAAAUACUCAUCCCAGGAGUCAGUGGCACUCUUAAUCUCAAUUGGCUCUUCACUGCCAUUAACUUCUUCUUGAUUGACGACACAGUCCAAUUGAUCCUCCCCUUUGAUAACAAUGUGCUCAAACCCUUAAAUCUAGAACUCAUCAUUCAAAAAGCUGAUGUACUCCUCCAACCCUUGCAUCCAGACACCACAUUCCAAGCCAAAGGCAAUUUGCUCUUGGUCUUCAUCAAAAACCAAUCUCAGGAUAUCCAUUACGCAUACCACUCAGAACCAGUCUUUGAUGAUAACACUCCCAGUAGUUGCAUGAAAAUCGAAUCCAGUUAACUUACACUAUAUGUCAAUGAAAACGGCAAAGAACCAAAGGAAGUGUUCCAACCCAUUUCUGUCCAAUGGAAAUCCCAGAAUUUCCAAUGCUAUUGUGCUCAAACCCAUCAAUUCCUCAAUGAGUCCAAUCUCAACCUUGAGAACCUUAAGUUAUAUCUAACCAUCGAACAAGGACUCAAACUAGUUGAUCUGAUUAAGCAUCUCAUCUAGUCAAUGUGGGAUGCUAAUCAAUUCGGAGACUAAUGGAAUGAACGAUAUUCCCUCAUAUCCCAGAGUCGCAAAUCCUUUAACAUCGAUCACCUCGAACUCUGGUUGAUGAGUUCUAAGAAAGACACCAUUGUUCCCAUCCUUACUACUUGCAUCUCGUCCACUCCACUCAUCCUCCACCAAUCGUACUAAAAGAUGCUACUCUCGGGAAAUGUCAAAGUUGAGGCCUCCUAUUUCAAUCCCAUGAUAGGCAUUCUUGAACCAAUCCUUGAGAAGUUUUCCUUCGAUCUCAUGUUCCUCAGAAACAAACUCAACCCACCCAAUAUGCAUCUUCAAAUUGAAACCAACAAAAAUAGUAAGUUCUCCCAAUUAAAUAUCGUCUUCCAUUAGAACCUUAUCAUACUCCUAAAUGAUCUGUAUCAUGUCAAUAAAAAAAAGAAGGAACGCAAAAAAAGCACCAGAAAAUCCAUCAACAUCCAAGAAAUCAUGGAAUCACCACAAAAUGAAACCAUCAUCCUUUUCAACAUCCAAAACCAAAGUGGAUACGAUCUAAGCAUCACCAUCGAUGAACAAACACUCACUAUUAAAAAUGGCAAUAAAACUGAUAUCAAUGCCAAAUUGAGUCAAAUUGAUAUCUGGAGAAAAUACAACAGACUCAAUGUCGAAUUCUACACUCUAAGCAAGAAAUUAAUCAAACUCAACAAAGUUGAAUAGAAUUCACAACAACCUUUCAAAAUUGACAGGCAAUAAUGUUUUCUGUACUUUACAUCCUACAUUAGCAAAUUAACCAGGAUCAUCAAAAUCCAAGGGCAAUUAACUGUCUCAAAUUGCACAGUCUUUGAAUAAUAGAUUGAUAUCAUUCAUCAUAAUAAUGUCAUUUGGAGUAAAUUGCUUUAAGUAAAUGAAAGAGUUGCACCUCCUGGGGAACUCAUCUCAGAUCAAUACUUCAUUCGGUUCACUCUUUACAAGAGAAUCUCAGAAUUUUCUGUUAGUUUGAAGGCCCUCCUACAUUCUGAAUUCACCUAUCUAGAAAUCCCUCAGGGUGACCAAUUCGUUAUUCUAAGUUCGGAAGAUGAAUUUCAAAACACCAGACAUUUGAAACUGACUGCCUGUCUCGUCAUUCAUAACUCAUUACCCUGUCCACUCAAUAUCACCAUUAAGUAAUAUAAGUUAAUAAUUCUAGUGAAGAACAACAAAGCAUUGCUGUGAAUGACUCCUUGCAAUUCUACUAUUACACUUCUAAGAAUUAGAUCGACUAUUCUGUUGAGUUAUUAGAAUUCCAAUCUAAGGAAGUAUUUAAAUAUUAGCCACAUGAUUCAAAUCAAUAAACUGAAAUAUAAUUGGUUAAUGAAGAAGGUAGUAUCAUUAAAAUUAUGUAAAAGAUCACAUUAAUUAAAGGAUCUUUGUUUUUUUACUUCUAUCCUAAAAUAUGCCUGAUCAAUACUACCUCAACAAAUCUCAAUUAUCAUACUCUUGCUAAGAAUCAAAGGUAAGACAUCGCCCUCUUCAAUAACAAUUACACAUUCUUAUUUAAUGAGGCCAACCUAAUCCUGUCUUACAACAAUCACUACUCCAAUGAAUUCACCAUCAAGGCGAUAGGUGACACCAGUGCUGAAAUCAAGGUCAGGAAAUAACAGCAAUUUGAACUGCUCGAAUUUGGCAUCAACAUCAGUCUCCUAGAGACCGUUAAGCAAUUGGGACUGUAUAGUACAAUCAUUGAGAUCGCCCCCAGAUAUGUCAUCAUCAAUCAGACUGAGAAUGUGAUGCAAGUGUAGCAACAGGAUUCUUAUGGCAGUCCAUUCAAUAUAGAACCCAAUUCCAGAUUGGCAUUCAAUUGGGCUGAUUGUACAAAAGAGUAUUUAUUCAAAUUUCAUUUAUCUUUUAGGAAAAUGAUCGCCAUCAAAUUCAAAAACACCAAAUGGAGUGAGGGAUUGUAUCUUUCAGACAUGAGAACCAUUCAUUUCAGCAUGCUCCCAAGGCAAGAAGAUAAGUCCAAAACAUUUAUGCAAUGUGUGAUUGUGAAAAAGAAAGCCACCUUCUUUGUAACUUUCCUCACCGAACAAGCUCCGUAUAAAAUAAUUAAUCAAUGUCCGAAUUGUUCAAUCCGAUUUUCCUAGAUUGGCUCAGAAUAAGAAGAGAACAUAGGGUACAAUUAAUUCAUCGAAUUUUCUUGGACCUUUCCUUCUUUGAAACCUAUUCUGAUAUUCAAUGUGACAAACGAUUAAGAUCAUUGCGAAUUUCAAUUUGAUUUAUUUAAAUCCGACUCUACUUUUUGUUAGAAGAUCAGUGCCACCAAAAGCAUCUACUUCAGCAUCUAUUUUGAGAACAGCGUCAAAGUCAUUAAGCUAAUGGAGAAGCAAGAGCAAUAAUUCAUUAGUGAUUAAAUCAAUAAACUAAUCUACAUUAAUUUGUAAAUGAUCACCAUAAGCAUUAUCAUGAAUGAAGUUAAACCCAAAGAGCUGAAUUUGAUCACUCUAAGUAAUUUCGAAGUGGGCAUUCAGGAAAUCAAUCGAAUUAUUUCAUAUCAAUUUAAAGUGAAAUUCAUCAACAUCGACAAUAAUUACUCUUAUGAUGCUCUAAAUUAAGUGUUGUUGACACCUUAACAGUUUUAAAGUUAUUUGGAACAUUAGAAUUAUGCUAUUGAUAUCAAAUGGGCAGUCAAUCAAUAACAUGCAAACAUAUUGAUGAUCGAGUAUUUCUUUGCUUACAUAGCUCCAUUGGAACUUAAAUUAGAUUAAGAAUAUCUCUAUUAAUUAAUGGCACUUAAAAAAGCAUUGACAUUUGAGAAGUAAGAAGUCAACAUCUCACAUUUUGCAACAUCCAAAUACUUAUUCAGUCAGAUUAAAUCAUACCAAACAUCUUAAAAUCCCUUUUAUGAAUGGAUGAUUGUUGAGAUUCCUCCUCCAUCAGGGAAUGUCUACAUGAAAUAAUUGAUACUCCCAGUAUUGAAAAUCAGAUUCUCCUUUUAAACACUGUAUCAACAGAACCAAAAUUUCAUCUUGAAUGUGAUUGCUAAUUCAUUAGAUUUUGCUGUCAAGAAUAUUGAUAAUGCCCCGAUAACAUUGAAGGGUGUUAAAAUGGAAAACAUUUUUGAUACCUAAUAGGGUCUUUUGACAAUAAUCAAAGAACACUAUAAAUUUGCAUUAUUAAAAUAGUUCUUAUAGAUUUUAGGCUCAAUUGAGAUUCUUGGAAACCCUACUUCCUUUUUGAAUCGAAUUUCAACUGGAGUAGUUGAUUUAAUAGAGAAACCAAUAGAAGCCAUGUCUUUAGGUCCUUUGGAGAUGGGUUUGGGAGUGUUGGAAGGAGCAUCCUCACUUAUAAAAAAUACAGUAGCUGGAGCAUUUUAUAGUGUAAACAAAAUUACAGGAAGCAUUGGGAACUAAAUAAGUCUACUGUCAUUUGAUGAAGAUUAUAUUUCAUCAAGAAGGAAGUUUAUGUAAAGAAAACCAUCACAAUUAUUCGAAGGAAUCUAUUUGGGAAUUCAUGCCUUGAUAACUGGAAUAGGAGAUGGAGUGGUGGGAUUCUUCUCACAUCCUUACUAACAUGGCAAAAGAGAUGGAGCUGCUGGGAUAUUGAAAGGAUCAACCAUUGGAAUUGCUGGAGUCAUCAUCAAACCUCUGACAAGUGUUUUCGACGCAGCCUCUAAGACUGCUGAAGGAUUAACUAAUACAGCCACUUAUUUUGAUGACCAUCCCAAUACAUUGAGGAUGAGACACAUUCGGGCAUUUUAUGAGAAUAGUCGAUACAUCAAGGCCUAUAAUGAAGAUGAUUCCUUCUUUUUAAACUACUUGAGCAAUUACAACAUAGUUUUGAUUGAUGUUUUUGGGUUAUACGAUUUGGAGAUGAAAAAAGAUAUGCAUUUAGUCAUAACACAAACCCUAUUGUUCUACAUGAACAAACAGAGUGGUAUUAAAUGGCAACAACAAGUGAAUUCCAUUAGAGAUUAUAAAUUAUAUUAGGAUGAGAAUAACCCUUCCAUACUCAGACUUUAUCUAUUUUUUGAGAAAGAAUAAAUACUGAAACUCAAAUUUUCAAGGGUGCCCUAUCAAGAUUAAAUAAAUUACAAACUACAAAAUAUGAUAGAAUAAAGUUGA